AUGAAAAUGUUUGGAUUAAAGAGAAUCGUCGACGAGAAGGUCGACAAAACCGUCAAUAUGGCCUCAGACGUUGUUAACCGUUUGCUGGACACGUCGUACAAGGGUGGAUUAUUCUCAAUGAUUAUUGUCACCAUCGUCUGGGUGUCUAUAUUUUUGUAUAUAGCUUUCUAUUAUGCAUAUAUGCCUUCUCUAAUGUUCACUCGUCCAGUUCACAUGCAAUUUAAAUCCUGUUACAGCGAUAAAGGUAUAUGUGAUUAUCCAUCAGCACAUGUUCAGUUAACCAAAAAUCAUCAAUUGUUAAUGAUUGGUCAAAAAUACAAAAUGACUGUUGAUGUUGAGUUACCAGAAUCACCAGUUAAUGAAGAAAUCGGAAUGUUUAUGCUCUGUGUUCGUUUGGGCGACAAAUAUGGUUAUCUUAUAUCUUCUUCCUGUCGAUCCAGUAGAUUAAGAUACAAAAGUCAAUUGUAUCGUCUUAUUCAUACAUUGUUCAUGGUACCAUUUUACCUGACAGAAUUAUCCGCAGAAAAACAAUUAAUCCAGUUAGAAAUGUUCACAGAUUACGAAGAAGAUCAAUUACAUCCAGUUACAGACAUUUACUUUGAGAUAUUAAAUCAUGAUAUUCAAAUUUAUUCUACCAAGUUAAAUAUCAUUGCUAACUUGGGUGGUUUACGUUACCUUAUGUUUCAUUGGCCAAUCUUAUCAGCUUGUCUAGGAAUUGGAUCAAAUCUCCUUUUUGUAUUUUUUGUGUUCUCAAUGUCAUGGCGACAUAUAUAUGGACCUGAAGUGUAUAAAAAUGAACCAAAUGAUUUCUUGGAUCGAUCCGAACGUUUGGAUGAAUUUGAUUCAGAGGAUGAAUCUGAAGUAUCAGAUGAUUUGUGCAAAAAAGAGUUUCUCCCUUAUAAAUUUUCAUCCUCUAACCUAAUGAUUCCUGAGCAAUAGUUAAUAGUCUUAUUUCUAAUAAGAAAUAAAAGUAAUUUGAAUUGUCACAAUUAGAUUACGGUAAAAUGUAUAACUAACGGGUUAAGAAAACUAUCAUUAUGCCUAAAAUACUAUUUUAAUCUUUGUUAUGGUUUUGAAACUGAUGGGUACUAGAAAAAUAUAAAUUUUAGAUUAUAGACUGUUAAACUGUUUCUGUGGUGCUUUAGUUAAGCAUUUUAUGUUAUAUCUAAGAUUAAAAUGUUUACUACUUAAUAUUAUUCCUUUUUUUAUUUUUAUUUU